CCUGGCAUUGCAUUAGUUUUUGAAAAUUGCAAAACAACUUGAUCUACCACAAUUUUUUCAUUCAUCAUAUGAAAUUAUGGGGUUUUUCUUAACAAUAGUAAUAAUAUCUUUUUUCGUCCGAAUCGAAUGUGCAGUGCAAUCAGUUUUCUCCAGUGGACAAAACCCAUUUUUUAAUUAUUCGAACAAAACCAAUCCACAAAACCAAGGAGUUGGUUUGGGAAUUCCCCCCUUAUUUAUAAAUCCCCAAAAACCAGAAGAUCAUAACCCUGUUCGACCAUGGAAUCAAAAUAUUUUGGACGAACCCAAUCGACAAACCCAAGGAGUUGGUUUGGGAAUUCCCCCCUUAUUUAUAAAUCCCCCCAAAACAGAAGAUCAGCACUCUGUUCGACCAUGGAAUCAAAAUAUUUUGGGUAAUAUCGAACCUACUAUUCCAACUAUUUUUGAAAAAAACCCUUGCUCUACAAUGGCCUUCAACGAGGGACAAAAACCAGUGAUACCAAUUAAAGGGAGACCAAACGAACAACACCUACCACUAAAUGGUGGCUGUUUACGAGCUAGAGGUGCAUUUCCAACAAGCAUUUGCAACAAAUACAUAAAUUGUUGGGACGGUUUCGCACAAGAACAAACGUGUCCGGAAAAUCUACUUUUCAAUAUUGCUGGAUUUUGUGAUUACCCUUCUAAUGUUAACUGCCAAGGAAGGAUAUUACAAGAUUUUCCGAAAGUACCAACACCAUCCAAUGACAACAACAUUAUCAACAAUAUUUUACCAAACUUUAUCCUUGCCUACCCUUCUACGGAUUCCCCAAAGGAAAAUAACAAUAAUUAUCAAUCAAAUGCCUUAAAUUUACAUGGCGCAGUAUCAAAUAAGGAAAAUACCUCUGAGUUAUAUGGUCAAAAUAACAAUUUGCAACUAAAGUGUUUCCAACCAAGAGGUCAAUUUCCGUCUGAGCAAUGUCACAAGUACAUCAACUGUUGGGACGGUAUUGUGACAGAGGAAGAAUGCCCAAAAGGAUUACUUUUUUCCCUUAAGGGAUUUUGCGAUUAUCCCAGCAAUGUCAACUGCGGUUCGAGGACAUUUCCAAAUAUUCCUUAUCAAUCAACCGAAUGUCCUGGUUUGAAUGGUGCGUUUAGAGAUAGGAUGAAUUGUAGGAAAUACAUUAUAUGUUCUCUAAAUGCAGUUAUAGCAAGAUACGAGUGUCCUGAAGGACUAUAUUUUAAUGAGGCUAUUGGUGUGUGCGAUUAUCCAGUUAAUGUCCGAUGUGAAAUUAAGUUUUAAAUGUUUAAUUUGAUUUAAUAUUAGCAUUUUUAAUGAUAGUUGGUAAUCUAAAACUAGAUUCUAGUAAUUAUCAAAUACAUGUGCCCUUACACAUAUUAAAUUUUAAUUUGAAAUAAUUAAAUAAAUAUUAUGCAAUAAAUUAAACAUCAAAAAAGUGAA